CCAUUAGAUCCCAUGGCAUGGCUUAACAGUGUUACAAGAGCAUCUCCACCUGCAAUACAGACAGCACCGAUCGAUCCGUCGCCUGUUUUUGAUGGUAUACGAUUAUCUACUGCAGAAUCGAAUCUCCUUUUACAACAUCAACAAACACCAUCGUCACAUCAGAACAGUCAACAACCACCACCAUUCCAAAGUCAAAUUUCGUCUCAACAAGAUCGUCGACCACCGAAACGUCAACGACCAGCUGUUUCAACAAAUGACGACGACGAUGAAAAUCAAGAAAAUAACCCUCAACCACGACAACC